AUGGCGCCGCCUCCGCGUCAACAAGCCGGGAAAGGCUUCCAGCUCUUCCUCCCUCAGCGACGGAAACGGAAGAGGCGCGGACUCCUGCCCGCCUGCGUCCCUCCCUCCCUCCCUGGGAGGAGGAGUCAUCCUAGUCAUCACCGUUGCUCUCGAGGGAAUGGCCGCGUAUUGGAAGCGUUUUGGUCACCCCCUCGUUUCUCUCACGAGGUAAUGGCGGCACAAGGAGGGAAUGCCAGGGCUCCGGCAGAGGAAGGCACAUUUGCUGACGAAGAAGAAGAGGCCCUGGGCCCUCUCCAGCCUCGCCUGGCACUGAACCGGCUGGAAAUCAAGCGCUACUCGCGGCAGCUGGUCCUCCCUGAGCUGGGUGUGCAGGGCCAGCUCCGACUCUCAAGCUGCUCGGUGCUGGUGGUGGGCUGUGGAGGUCUGGGCUGCCCUCUGGCCCAGUACUUGGCCUCGGCCGGGGUGGGCCGCUUGGGGCUGGUGGACCACGACGUGGUGGAGCUGAGCAACCUCCACAGGCAGGUGCUGCACCGAGAGAGCCGCCUGGGCCUCUCUAAAGCCGAGUCUGCUGCCUCCACCUUGAGGGAACUCAAUUCUUCCAUUCAAUGCGAAGCCUACCAGCUGGCCUUGAGUCCCUCCAACGCCCUGAAGCUGGUCGGUGGCUAUGACAUCGUAGCUGACUGUUCGGACAAUGUGGCCACCCGCUACCUGGUCAACGACGCCUGCGUGUUGGCCGGGAAGCCAUUGGUGUCAGCCAGCGCCCUCAGGAUGGAGGGGCAGCUGGUGGUCUACAACUUCCAAGGAGGGCCCUGCUACCGGUGCCUCUUCCCCAAGCCCCCUCCGCCGGAGACAGUCACCAACUGCGCAGAUGGUGGAGUCUUAGGUGUCGUGCCCGGCAUCCUCGGCACUCUCCAGGCUCUGGAGGUGCUCAAGAUGGCCUCGGGGAUGGGCACCACUUUCAACCGGUCCAUGCUGCUCUUCGACGGCCUGGAAGGAAGGUUUCGCCACAUUAAGCUAAGGCCAAGGGAUCCGGACUGUGCCGUGUGUGGAGACUGCCCUUCCGUGACAACUCUCCAGGACUACGAAGCCUUCUGCGGGUCUUCGGCGACAGACAAGUGUCCGGCGUUGCGCCUGUUGAGGAGCGAGGAGCGCAUAUCUGUCGAAGAGUAUAAGAAGAUACUGGACAGCCAAGUGCCUCAUGUGCUGGUAGAUGUCCGCCCGCCAGUAGAAGUGGAAAUAUGUCGCUUUCCACAGUCCUUAAACGUGCCCUUAAGUAAACUAGAAGGAAAAGAUGAUGAAUUCUUGAAGUCUCUGUGCCAAAGAAUUAAGGAAACAAAGCAGAGGACUAAUGAGGACUUGGCUUUCCCAGUUUAUGUUGUUUGCAAGUUGGGGAACGAUUCUCAGAAGGCUGUGAGAAUACUAGAAGGACUAUCUCAUGAUGGACUAGGCUUAAUUUCUGUUAAAGAUAUCAGAGGAGGACUCAUGGCUUGGGCUAACAAAAUUGACCAAGAGUUUCCUCAGUAUUAAUGUAAUCAGUAACAGGAAUGUGUUGUUAGUCUAGAAGUGUGUUGACCAUUAACCUCUUGAGAAAUCAGCAUAUCAUACAUUUGUUUCCUGGUGGGAGUGGGGAAGAAACCUAUUUUACACAAGAAACAAAACGUUUGUUUGCAGAAGUGACAUGCCACUCCUGAAAAAUACUCACUUUCAUAGCAAGAUGAUCACUUUAUAUUAUUUUAGAACAAUAAACCUUUCUCUAAGAAUGGUUGUCUCAAAUAGUGGCCAAAGCUGUGUAUCAGGUUCUACAUGCAUCCUUAAAUACUCUUUGUGGCACUGAUUCAACUGUAACAUACCCAAAGUUCUCAAUUAUAUACAGGUUGAUUCUCCCUCAUCCUGGGACCAGGAGGGUUUGGGAUUUCAGACUUUUUUGGAUUUUGGAAUGUUUGCAUAUACAUAAUGAAAUAUCCUGGCGAUGGGACCCAAGUCUAAACACUAAAUUCAUAUUUCUUAUACGCCUUUUACAUGUAGCCUGAAGGUAAUUUUAUACACAAAGUUGGUGUACCAUCAGAAAGCAAAAGGGUUGCUAUUCCAGUCAUCCAUAGGGAUAAUUUUUGAUUUUGGAAUAUUUCAGAAUUCUGUAUAAGGGAGACUCAGCCUGUAGUAUUGUCAAGAUAGCCUUUUGGCAUUUGGUCAAUGAGUGACUUAAAAAUAAAAUCCUCCCCUCCUUGA